AUGGAGGUUUAUCUGAAGACCGACUUCAACCAAUGGUUCAACAUCACUAGAGGCUACAAGGCUCUGGUCGAUAAUGCUGGAAUUCCAAUGAACCCAAAACAGUGGAAUCCGAAGAUGAAGAAGAAAGCCCAAAUAGAUUUCAAGACUCUCAACACUCUCCAGUGCAGGCUAACGAAAGAAGAACUAAACCGCGUCAGCCCACAUGAAAAUACGAAGGAACUAUGGGACAAGCUCAUCAAAUUACACGAGGGAACCAGCGAUACGAAAGAAGAAGAAACUGCGAGUCAACUCCACGCGAGGAUAAAGAACAUCCUCAACAGACUUCACAACAUCGGCCACCAAACAGAGAUCCGCAAUCUGAUAAGGUAUGCCCUUAACGCGUUUCCUCAAAAUGCAAUGUGGGUAUUCAUCGUGGAUGCUUACAAGAUUUUGAAGAAUCUUUCCUAA